AUGAAGACCUCCGUCGUCAUCACCCUCAUCUCCGCCAUUCUCGGUCUGGCUGUAGCCAACCUAGUCGACAAGCAGCAGCUUUGCACUGACGUCUGCUGGACUUAUGAUGUCAACAAUCACGCUGACUGCCAGAAGCGUUGCAUGGAUAGCCAGAGGCCUACCGCUGAUGAGGCUGGACAGUGCCAGUCGUGCAUCAACGACUGUGCUGCUUACCUCUCCGAGUCGAGGAACGUUGCUAUCUACACCGAGUCUUCAUUGACACAGGACUACAGCUUCCCCACGUUCGCUGGAGGAAAGAGGGCCGUCAAGGCUGCACACAAGCAGAAGGAGCACAUUCCGGGCCUCCCAUCUAGCAUUCACCUUCGUCUUGGUGGUGCCAGCUAUCCCGUCGAAGAUCGUAUCUGCGAGGUCUCGUGCCGAGCAAAAGGUGCUGACAACAUCUUGGCCAAUGGUGAUGGUGCCAUGGACACUUGUCUGAAGGGCUGCAAGAGAUCUCCGAGCACUCGGGAGCAGGAACUUCAGAUGUCUCUCGACUGCAACAAGGAGUGUGCAAAUAAUGGAAAGAUUGCGGACGGAUGCCUGGAGCCCUGCAUCGUGAAGCAAAGUGCCCGAUCCAGGAACCCCGCCUUUCCUAUUGCUCUCAACAAUGUCACAGCUCCGGCAGCAACAGUUAACGAUAGUUCCGCGAAUGCUGUGCCAAUCGUCGAUGUCGUGCCAACCACAUCGAAUGGUACUUUCAUCGCUCCUACCGCACCCGUCGUACCUGUCGCCGUUGCCCCGCACAAAGCUAGCUCAGCCCGCACUUCUACAAAGCCCAACAAGUCAAAGUCGACUGCCAAAGCCGUAGAAGUCGUGGCCGCUUCUGAAUCUGCCACCGCUUCCGAAUCGGAGGUUCUAUCCAAGACUUCCACUGCCGUUAUCGAGAGUGCUACUUCGAAGUCGGACCAGAAGAAGGCGGAGCGAAUCAGCGCUGCUGCUGGCCAGUCGUACUUUGAGUCAGCUUCAUUCUGGUUCCAUGCCGCUGGUACUCUUACUAUUGCUAUGAUUGUUGGAUUCCAGCUUGUUUAA